GGUAAUAUUUGAUUUCUUAAAAAAAAAGGGAUGGAAUUGACCUGAUCUCUUCUGGAUCUCUAAUUUGGGAAAGGAUGGAGGAACUGGAAGUCGCCGAUCUGUUCUCGAUAGCCCUCUUCUCGUUCUACGCGCUGUGUCCGGUCAGUGUGGCGGCGUUGCAGUUCCUGACGGCGCCCUACGGGAAGCAUGUCCGGCCUGGAUGGGGGCCGUCGCUGCCCGCGCCCCUCGCCUGGUUCCUGAUGGAAAGCCCUACGCUGUGGCUCACGCUCCUGCUCUACCCCCGCGGCCGCCACCGCUCCCACCCCUUCGCGCUCGCUGUCCUCUCUCUCUAUCUUCUCCACUACGUCCACCGCACCAUCGUCUACCCGCUUCGCCUCCACUUCUCCUCCUCCUCCUCCAAGAAAGCCGCCGGCUUUCCUCUCCUAAUCGCCCUCUUCGGCUUCGCCUUCAACCUCCUCAACGCCUACCUCCAGUCCCGCUCCAUCUCCCACUACGCCGACUACACGGGGCACCAAGCCCAGGCUUGGUUGCGGGCGGCGGCGGGGGCGGUGGUUUUCUUCUGGGGCAUGGCGAUCAACAUCACCUCGGAUUCGGCGUUGAUGAGGCUCAAGGCCGAGGGGGGAGGGUACAAGAUACCCAGGGGAGGGUGGUUCGAGCUGGUGAGCUGUCCAAACUACAUGGGGGAGAUGAUGGAGUGGCUAGGUUGGGCGGUUAUGGCGUGGUUGCCGGCGGCCAUGGGCUUCUUCCUCUACACCUGCUCGAACUUAGGUCCCCGGGCAAGGGCGAAUUUGCAGUGGUAUCGGGACAAGUUCGGAGAUGCCUAUCCCAAAUCCAGGAAGGCAUUUGUGCCCUUCAUCUACUGAGCUCUGUGCUGCUUCUGACAGCACAAUACAGGAAAAAGACACCACAUUUGGAUGGAAACAUAAACGACGAUGUGAAUUUAGCAAAAGGGGAGAAAUCGAAGCAUGAUCUCACAAUGCUACACACCAUAGUUUCAAACGAAAUCGGAAAUCACAUAACAAC